AUGGGAAUCACUGCCAAGUCCAAGGCCAAGAGCAGCAACGAAAAUUGGGGCAUGGGAUUAUUCUUCGUUCUCUUCCCUGAAGAUAACUCCGCCGCCUCCUCCUCCACCACCACCACCACUUCCACCGCCAUUGUCGAUAAAGCCAGUCCCACUUCAAUACCCACUAAUAUCAGCAAACUCAUCAAAAGGACCAACUCCAAUAGCCCCAUCCUUACAAAAACACAAUCCACCAUCUCAAUCUGUGUUCUUCUACUCUUCCUCACACUCCUCCUCUUUACUCUCUCCACCUUCGAACCCACCAUCCCCAAUCCCACCACCGCCGUUAAAACUCCUCGCAGAUUUCUCUCAGACAACUCUCCAAGCAAACUCAUCAAGACCCACCAGACAAAAUCAAAACUUUCUUGGUUUUACAGCAUUUGGACAAGCAGACAUCAACCUAGAAUUGGUCCUAAAAGAAGUAAAUUUCUCUCUUCUUUUGCUUUACAGGGAAUGGGCAAGCUUUAUAGCCGUGGAACCAGAGCCAUGGGCGAUCUUAUUGUUGGCCAUGUAAUGGAAGACACUGAUGAAGAUGAGUUCAAGCUUUUCUUGAGACUCUUGCAUAGGUCGGGUCUCACUUCCAGAGCCGACUUGGUUUUCAUAUUCGAUUCUGAAUCUUCUGAGUCAAGAUUUGAAGCUUUGAUUCAAGAAGAGAAUGACUCGUUCUUGAAACUCGUUCGUCGCUACAUGGAAUUGAACACAACGAGUCAUGACUCGGUGUCGGUGCCGUCGUCGUUGAGAUUUGAUGUGACUCCGUUUGUGAAGCGUGGGAACAAGGAUAUGGGAGAGCCUCUAUGGGGGAAGAGAAUUCGAGUUAAUGGUUUUAAUAACUCGGAAGAAAGUGAAGGUAAGUUGACUCAGUUGAGUUACGGGUCCGUAGUGGGUUUUGAAGCGAGUGAGCUUGAUCCAGAGAACUCGCUUUCUGGGUUCUUAGACCGAAUACCAAUGGGUUUGAAAAGAUGGGCUUGUUAUCCAAUGUUGCUUGGUCGAGUUAGGAGAAACUAUAAGCACAUGAUGUUAGUAAACGUCAAAAAGCUCGCCUUUCUCAGUGACCCACUCGGCCGAGUCAGGAGUCAGAGUUCAGAGUCGGUUUACAUAACAGUAAAACAAGAAACUGCUAGCUCGACUAAGCAUGGCAGAAGGACCAACAACUCAGACAAAACCCAGUCUCAUUCUCAAGUUAACUCCGCGAUUUUGAUGGGGGGAACUCAAGGAAUUCGCCGGUUUUCAAAAGCAAUGCUAACAGAAAUCGUCCGAGUUUCCAUGGAACGCAAGAAGAAGAACUCAAUAACGGAGUCAGCAAUAUUGAAUCAACUGGUGAACAAUGUCCACAUAUUGAAGGACAUACAUCUGAUAAAAUCCACCGAGUCAAUACCAGAAGCGAGUACACUCAGUGAGUCAAACUCAACAGACCAAUGGGAUAAUCAUAGAAUAAUCCAACAAGGUAAUGCUAAUUAUGAUCUUAAAUCAAUUAUUAUGAAGCACAUAUGUUCAUGUGAAGCAGAUUCUGGUGUUUAUAGAGAUUGCUAG